AUGGCCGACGUUACUAUAGAGUCGCCGCCGCCCCCUAACGACGCGAUUACAGCCCUUGACGACUGGAUCAACAACAAUUCGGACCGCGAUGGCAGCUUGCGUAAUCUAACAGCAGACCGGCAGCUCGCCCCGCAGUCUUUGGAGCACAAUCCCCGGUUCGUCGCUUUGGCUAACACUGCAAGAUGUCUCAGUCGCUACACAAUUGACGGACUCCCCAACAAGAUUUUUUUCAAUCAUAUUCGCUACAAAUAUGCUGUCAAUUCAAGCAACGGUCUCAGUCAAGACCGUAGUAUCUACAACCCGCUGGACCGUCUCCCUUCCAAGUCCUUCCAACUCAGCUAG